UGGGAGGGGGUACCUGUCAAAUUCGGGUACCGGCUCCCAAUUGCUGUCAGACUGCCUAGGCGAUUGGAAACGGAAGGUGUCCUCCCUCCUUCCCUCCCCGUAGUCUUCUGGGACACGUGACAAGUCCCAGAAGACUACAGGACCAUUCAUGAAGCGCAGCGCUACUCCUGCAUGCGCAGUGAGUACCCGGCUGUGAAGCCGCAAGCAGUCACAGCCGGGUGCCCACACUGAAGAUGCCAGGGCCUGGAACACAGGACGGCCGGUGAAACGGGCUGUGGGGGACACACCAC